AACAUCCACGCGCACUCAGAACUUUCAGUAAUUAGUGUCAUCAGUGCAGCGAAUCCCGAGGGGACAAGGGCGUUUUCCCGGCUGCCUCUUUUCUCUCGCGCCGUUCCCUUCCGCAGGAAUGCCUGCUCCACCUCUUCCUUCUCGGUCGCCAUCCUCUCCGCGGAUUCCGCCGUCCGGGGUUUCCUGGGCUCCGGCCGCCGGGAGAGCACCAAUGCGUGGGAGCGUCCCGGCAGCAGCAGGCAUGCGCAUUGGGGGCGGCGCACUGCGCAUGCGGGAAGAUGGCGGGCCUGGCGUCCUGAGGGCCCUGGGUCACCCUGCUCCCCUCCCGCCUGUGUUGGAGCUCCCGGGGUCGUGGGGCAGUGGCGGGUUCGUCCGCGGGCCGGCCUGGCCAGGCGGCGCCUCUGAGCAGGCCACGGGCCCCGUUCGCGCUUGGCCCCCGGGAACCGGCGUGUUGGGGGCGGCGCCCGACCGGAGCGGGAGAAGGCGGGAGAGCGCGCAGGGUGCGAGGGCCGGGGCGGCCGGCUGGGCAGCAUGAGUCAGCAGCGGCCGGCGCGGAAGCUGCCCAGCCUGCUCGUGGACCCGGCGGAGGAGACGGUGCGCCGCCGCUGCCGAGACCCCAUCAACGUGGAGGGCCUGCUGCCAUCAAAAAUAAGGAUUAAUUUAGAAGAUAAUGUGCAAUAUGUGUCCAUGAGAAAAGCUCUAAAAGUGAAGAGACCUCGUUUUGAUGUAUCACUGGUUUAUUUAACUCGAAAAUUUAUGGAUCUUGUCAGAUCUGCUCCUGGGGGUAUUCUUGACUUAAACAAGGUUGCAACAAAACUGGGAGUACGGAAACGACGAGUGUACGACAUCACCAACGUCUUAGACGGUAUCGACCUGGUCGAGAAAAAGUCCAAGAACCAUAUUCGGUGGAUAGGAUCUGAUCUUAGCAAUUUUGGAGCAGUGCCCCAACAGAAGAAGCUACAGGAGGAACUUUCUGACUUAUCAGCGAUGGAAGAUGCUCUGGAUGAGUUAAUUAAGGAUUGUGCUCAGCAAUUGUUCGAGUUAACAGAUGACAAAGAAAAUGAAAGACUAGCAUAUGUGACAUAUCAAGAUAUUCAUAGCAUCCAAGCCUUCCAUGAACAAAUUGUUAUUGCGGUUAAAGCUCCAGCAGAAACCAGAUUGGAUGUUCCAGCUCCCAGAGAAGACUCUAUCACAGUCCACAUACGGAGCACCAAAGGACCUAUUGAUGUUUACCUAUGUGAAGUGGAACAGAAUCACUCAAGUAGUAAGACGUCUGAAGGUGUAGGGACCUCUUCCUCUAAGGGCAAACAUCCAGAACGCCCUGAUAAAGGUAAACAUACCAAUUUUGUGAUUCUCAAAAUUUAAGAUUC